AUGGGGGUGUCGCCGGAGAGCAAGGGCUGGGAGGUGCUCGACUUUACCGACAACAAGGUGGUAACGUCGAUCGAGGUCGUCUUCUAUGAGACACUGUCGCUGGAGGCGUGGAAGGUAAAGUACGGGCCUUCGUCAGGGCAGACGGAGAUCCACCCACCGACGGACACCUCGACGGCAACGUUCCUGCUACUCGCCGAGGUCAACGAGCCUGUUGAUGAAGACGUCGAGGAAGUCCUGGCCUCUCUUCCUCCUCCCGUUCCUGUUGCUCCACCGCUUGUCACCGAUUUGCUGGUGUCGACCACCGGCGAUGAGGGAAUCGUGCAGAAGGAGACACUAGAUGUGCCGCCGACAGGGGAGAAGCUGAAGGGGAAGCCGACAGGGGAGCUGUCCACGGAAGCAACAUCGGUAAGCGGGUUGACGAGAGAGGAGCAGCCAGUCAAAGGGUCAACGCUGGUGAAGCAGCUUGUCGACGACCAAGAUGUCGACGAUAAAGGGGAACUGUCGGUAGGGGAGGAGUCUAUCGACAUCGACGUGGUGGAGUUGGUCGUGAAGGGCUUCACGCAGGUGUACGGCGCUCACUACGACAAGACGUACGUUUUGGUCAGCAGUUACGUCAUGCUGAGGAUCUUCCUCAGCAUCGUUGCCAUCCUCGGCCUGAACCUGAUGCGGCUCGACAUGAAGAACGCCUUCCCGCAGAGCAAGCUCGACAGGGUGCUGUACAUGUACCAGCCGGACUACUAUGACGACGGGACCAGCCGGGUAUGCAAGCUGCUGAAGAGUCUGUACGGGCUGAAGCAGUCGUUGCUGCUGUGGUACAAGGUGCUCGACGACGUGCUAACUGGCACCGACUGGAAGAAGAGUCAGGUCGAUGACGUGCUGUACUUCAAGGUCGGCGACGACGGAGUGACGUGCUGGGUGCUCGUCUACGUCGACGACCUGCUCACCGCCAGCAGCAGCACUGCAAUGUUGAAGGAGUUGAAGGAGCUAUUGGAGGCUGCUUUUGGGCUGCGCGAGAUCAGCCUGAUCGAGAGGCGGAUCUCCGUCGACGCCUACGCCAAGCUGACGUUCGACAACGAGGAGGCGCAGGAGCGCAAGGAGGAAGAUUACUGGUUGAAGGUCGGCUCGUUGCAGUUCGCGGUAGCGACGACGAGGCCAAGCAUCGAGUUUGCUUGCAGCAAGCUGGGGAGCGGUCUCACAGUGAGGAGCAUCGAGCAUUGGCGUGAGGUCUACCAUUUCCUCGCCUACCUCGCCGACACCCGUGACACCGCCUUAGAGUUCGGCAGUGGAGCAGAGUCACUGAAGCUGGUUGGCUACGUGGACGCUGACGAUGUGGGCAACAAGCAUAACAUGACGAGCACGGGCGGCUACGAGUUCGUCUUCGGAGGGGCUGCCGUCUCCUAG